AUGGAGAACCUUAAGGAGCAGCGGGGCCACGACGCGGCGGGCGGCAACAACGCCUGGAUGACGGUGCCGGCGUUCGGGGACUGGGACAUGAAGAACGGCGCGCUGCCGGACUACUCCAUGGACUUCUCCAAGAUCCGCGAGAUGCGUAAGCAGAACAAGAAGGAGCUCUCCCGCGCCAGCCUCGGCGGCGACGACGACCUCCUCGCCCACGCCCAGGCCCAGAAGCCGCGGCGCGACCAGCCGCAGCCCAACAACGCCCAGCCCAAGCUCGGCCGCCCCCGCCCCGCCGACGACCACCGCCGCCGCCCGCUCCACGCCCGCGACCACUCCCCAACGAAAUUUGUUGAUUCAGGGAGGGAAGAAGUUCCUGAGCUACUUCCAGUGUUGUAUCAAGGCCUGAAGAGGAGCUGCUGCAGUGCUGCCUGA